AAAAACUUAUUCAACAAUAGAAUUUUGAUUGUUGUAUACCAAAUAGCAAGCGAUUGGCUACAAUGGGGAAUGACAAGCCGCGUCGAUUUAUUAAAACAUAUUUCAUCUCAAAACCAUCACCUAAUAAUCUUCCCACAUUGUGUUUGAGUAUGCCUUUAGCAAAAAUAAAUAAAUCGUGAUUGAUUUGUUAAAGCAAAAAUCGCAUGAAACCUCCUCUUCCCCGAUCAACUGACCGUAGAUGGUCAAACCCCCCCCCCCAAACUGUUGUCUUGCACUGUUGUUCGCAAACAAACGGAAAACCAAAACGCGAUCCCUUAUGAGCAUAUUGGUGGUUUUCUUAACCAGUCCGCAAUUAGCAGUCUGAAAACCCGAAGUACUAAUCGUACAGCAAUUAGCAACCAGAUAUGAAGCUCUUUAUGGGCUCUGGGCACUGGUUGUGUCGCUGAGUCUGGCAAAUCAAUUUAUGUUUUUAUGGACACAAACUCCCAUGCCCAUCGAUUCUUAACCGUCACGACAAGCCCUCAAUACACUCUAUAUUGGUGGUGGUUGCUGGUGGUGUGAAUUGUUCAUCUUUGAUGCUCUUUGCAGCUGCCCCAUAAAACAGGGCUGCCGCGCUUCUUCCACCAGCCAAGUCCAAGUAGAACUUCUCGGAUCUCGAGUUCCAGAACUAUAAAACUCUUUGCUGCAGCUGCCUUCGACUGGAGCGACGAAGACGACGACUACGACCACGACGACGACGAUGACGAAAGCCAUCAUCCAGCUUCAGCAGCAGCAGCAGCAGCAGCAGCACCGAGCGGUGCUGUUGUUGAUGCUUCUCUUUCGCCAAACAGACACACACCACAUGUCCCUCCCCCCUCGCCUUCCAAAAAGGCCUCCGCCAACAGAAUGCUGUGUGUGCGUGUCUGGGGCUGUUGUGCUGACGGCAGACUAUAAUUCUGGGAUCCAAGCAAGCAUCAUCACCAUGGACGCGGGAUCCAUCCCAACCACUAGCAUUUCGACUGCACUUGCGCUUUUCGGCACCAGCGCGCACUUAUCUGUCGGUUCUGUACGCUUCACGGUUCGGUCCCGGUCCGGUUUCGGUCUGCUCCGGUUACGUUCUAGUUCUCGGAGACAGUUCGCUUCCGUUCUUGAGCUGGCGCGGUUGUGUCCGCGCUUCGCUCUCGCGCUCACAGCGCUGCACAUAGUGUCGGUCGGUGAUUCCAGUCCAGAGUGACGAGGAGAGAGGUGUGUGUUCCUGUGUGCGUGUGUAUGUGUGUGUGUGUGGUGCCUAUGUGCGUUGGAGAUCAUAAAAUCACGGAAUCAUCUCGAGCAGUAGGUUUGUGCAGCGGAUCACUAGUGUCCUUCCGUCGAUGCUGAUGAUGAUGAUGUCGAGAAUGAUGUUCCAGCGUUGAUCUAGGGACUUUUUGUUUGUAAUAGAAACAAGCGUCUGUCAACCCCCGGCAACGCGAUGACUUCGAGAUUGGACCGGUUGUUUAUCCUGCUCGAAUCGGGCUCGGCUGCAGUGACGAGGAAGGCGGCCGCCAAGCAGAUUGGCGAAGUGCAGAAGCUACAUCCGCAUGAGCUGCACAAUCUGCUCAGCCGUCUGCUGACCUAUCUGCACAGCAAUAGCUGGGAGACGCGCAUCGCGUCCGCCCAGGCGGUGCAGGCGAUUUUGGAGAAUGUACCCCAAUGGGAACCGAAGUGCUGUAACGAUGUGACGGUGAAAAAGGAGGAACCGGAAGAUGAGGAAGAGGAAGAAGACGAUACCCGUCAAGGGACCGUCGGCACCGGCCGUACCAGCGCCCAUCGUCACAAUCGUCUAUCGUUUGAUGGUUUCGAUCUAAACGCGGUCCUGUUCAAAGGAGCGCGUUUGAUGGGCUCCGAGGGUACGGAGUUUGAUCCGCUCGAGGAAAACGAUAUGGUGGAUCUGCGAGAGAAGCUAGCCCGUCAGCGGGCACUGCUGAACGAGAAGCUUGGCCUAAGCAGUGGUAUUAAUCUGGAGGAAAUCGUUACGCUGGACGAUGUGCGAUCGAACAACGGUGCAAGCCAUCGUGACGAUGCACCACCGCAGGAGAAGCUGGUACCGGUGCAGGAAAUUUUGCGCCUAAACCAACGCCGCUCAACGGUGGGAUCUGAUGCGUCAUCGGAUGGGUUGAGCUGUCGGGAGAAAAAUCGUGCCCGGCGAAAAGCGCGUCAACAGCAGCAAGCAUUCCCCAGCCUCAGUGGUGGUGCCGGUGGCUCAACUGCGUCAGCACCUACGAAUGGUUCGUCCAUGACAGGCCUCGGUGGUGGUGCUGCUACCCUCACGACGACCCCGGGCUGUGAUGAGGAGCCUGAUCGGAAGCGUAUCAAGACGGAGAAAGGCGAACACGUUGGCGCUCCCGGAGGAGGUGGAACAAUGCCAGCAACACCGACAACGGUAGCGAGUGGAUGGAAUGGUGAACCCGUACCGGAUCUUACCGGUGCUUGGGUAGAUGCGAUCGAUUGGCCAUUGGAAGCGUUCUGCUCGCGUCUCUUUCUUGAUCUCUUCAGUCCCCGAUGGGAGACACGUCAUGGAUCGGCUACGGCAUUGCGCGAGCUGCUGAAAACGCACUCACAGGGAGCUGGCAAGAGUGUCGGCAUGAGCAAGACCGAGAUGGAUCUUCAGCAUCAGCUCUGGCUAGAGGACGCGACGCUGCGUCUACUUUGCGUACUGGCGCUCGAUCGUUUCGGGGACUUUGUCUCCGAUCAGGUCGUGGCACCGGUUCGGGAAACUUGUGCCCAAGUACUCGGAACCGUCCUACGGCAGCUGCCGCUGGCGAAGGUACGCCAAUCCGUCGACAUCCUGUUGACGUUCGUGAAGCAGAAAGAGUGGGAAGUACGCCAUGGCGGACUGCUCGGCAUCAAGUACAUGCUGGUAGUGCGCGAAGACCUCGUCCAAGCCUUCCUACCCGUCAUCAUCAACGAUGUGCUGACGGGGCUGUUCGAUGCGGUCGAUGAUGUGGGUGCGGUUGCGGCCGCUACCCUUAUCCCGAUCGCUAGCUGGUUACCGAAGCUGCUAAGCCACUCGCAAGUGUCCCACAUCGUAAAGCUGCUGUGGGAUCUGUUACUCGAUCAAGAUGAGCUAGCGUCCGCUUGCAACAGUUUCAUGGGAUUGUUGGCUUCCAUCCUGAGCCUUCCUGCUGCCUCCAGCUGGAUCCAGAUGGAACCGAUGUCGAUACUGGUACCCCGUCUGUGGCCUUUCCUUAGCCAUUGCACCUCUUCCGUGCGCCGCUCGACACUGCAAACACUCAGAACGCUGACCACCAACACGACCACUAUCGCUAACUGGAACACCAACGGUGGUACCAACGGUCGCAACAAAGAGAAGACCGAAGAGGAAGAAGAACGGACAGCGAAUGGCACGGAGACGACGGUUCCGUCGGCAGCAGCAGACGAUAGCAUUUUGAAGCUUUCGCAUACGGACGGAACGGCGACGGCGUUGGGUCUGAACUUUGGUGUGAAGGAUUGGCCAUCGGCGCUACUACAGGAAGCAUUGCGUCACAUUUUCCAGCGUGUGCUGGUGGAGCACGUAGAAGACAUUCAAUCGUUGGCUGAGGACGUAUGGAACAAUUUGAUCGUGAAUGCGGAACUAUCGGCCCUUCUGCACGCAUCCUGUCCGUAUGUGUCCAGCUGGCUCUGUCUAGCGAUGCAACCGGUUCGGUUAGCGUUCGAUCCGUCCUCGCUAAUCUUUGCCAAACCGCCCAGCCACAGCGGAGCGACAAAUCGCGAGCGAAGGAGACAGUUUGAUUCAUUCGAGAGCAGCAGUGGAAGCCUUUCGGCGACGCACAUCGGCGGACAACAUCAGAAGCUGUUUCUAGGUGGAGCCGAAACGGUACCGCUGGAACUACGCGAGAAAAACGUCAUCCGGGCACGCUGCAAAGCAUCGCGUAUGAUCGGUCUGCUGUCUCGAUACCUGGUGCUGCCUGCACCUGGCGUCGAUUAUACACCGGAAACGGAGAGUCCCAUCGAUUGCUACACAAAAGUGCUGGUAGGGUAUCUGCAGUCCCGUUCGGCACUGCAGCGCCUUAUCGCUAGUCUGGUCAUUGCGUACUGGUGUGGUAUCGAUAGCACGAUUCAACCCGGGCCACCGGUGCUACAGGACCGGUUACGAGCCUGUCUGAAUGAGUACGUGUACUACGACGAGGUGGCCAUCCUGUUCACGCGCCUGCUACAAGAAUGUCGCGAUUAUCUAGCCACCCUGAAGCAGUACAAAGUGGCCCCACCGGAGUACGCCGAAGCGGGUACGCCCAAAGUGCUGACGCUGGAUCAGAUUUAUCAGAUCGCAACGACGGGUCCCGGUUGGUCCGGUGAGGAGGUACGAGUGAAACACUGCCUAAAGCCCAAAACUGCCGAUAUGCUCGAGGAACGGCGCCGUUGCCUGCUUUCCUCACACUCCGCCACAGCCCUCGAACAAACGACACUCCACAUUAGUACCCAAUCGUCGGUUUCCGGAGCCGUCGUGAGCCUGCGGUGCUUACCGGAGCGCCUGAAUCCGGUCGUUAAACCGCUGAUGGAAUCGAUCAAACGCGAAGAGUGCGAAUUGCUGCAGAACCUUUCGGCCCGGUAUUUAAGCGAGUUGCUCGAUCAGGUCACGGUGAGGACACCCUGUCCGAACAACAAAAUCGUAACCAAUCUCUGCACCCUGCUGAAGAGCGAUCCCGAGUUUACGCCCAAAGUACCGUGCCCGAGUAAGCUGCUGCAGCAGUUCGAUCCGAACAACACGACUGAGACGAACCCCUACCAUGGCAUCCUGACGCUGAUCAAGCAGCAACAGAAAAGCAAAGAUCAAACUACCAGCAGCGGUAAUAGCAGCAGUAAUGGUGGUGCUGGUAGUGCUGGAGGAAGUCCCCGUGGUCCUGGUAGACCGCCGGUAGUGGCCGCAGCGAACGUAGCGCUCGAUCUUUCCUCUUCUUCAAGCAACGCAACGCCUUCAACACCACACACGGAUGAGGGCACAGCGGGUAGUACGCAGGAAAAUGAGGAAACUAGUCGAAAGCAUGCCCGAACACAGCGGCUCGGUGCUACGGCGGCCAUUACAACUAUCUGUUCCCAUUUCGGACCGUUGCUACCCCGGAAGCUGCCGAUCGUUUGGCAGCUGUUGAUGGACAAGAUCAGUUCGUGCGUCACCGAGCAGUACAUCGAUCAACUAGGGCGUCAAGUGAUGGCACAGGAGGAAACGAAUGAUUUCAUGACAUCGCUACAGUUGCUAGAAGUGGCAGCACCCUUCAUCGAUACUUCGCUGCAUCGGAGUUUGUUCGAGUUGUUGCCGAAGCUAUGCCUACUGCUACGUCAUCCACUGAAAGCGAUACGGCAUAUGGUUGGCCGUUGCCUGGCAACGCUAGCAUCGGUUGAUGCCGGUACCGUGAUGACGCUCGUAAUCAAUGAGGUAGUUCCACUGUUGUCGUGCAUCGAAAAUGUCAUCAAACGUCAGGGUGCGGCCGAAGCGAUAGCUUGCAUCGUCAAUCGGUUACAAUUCGAAAUUGUACCGUACGUCGUGUUACUCGUCGUACCGUUACUCGGUCGGAUGAGCGAUCCGGAUCAAUCGGUACGACUUGUCUCGACGCACUGCUUCGCUACGCUCAUUCAGCUGAUGCCGCUCGAUGGACUGGCACUAGACAGCGGCAGUGGUAACGCUGAUAGUGCUGGUGGUGGUGGUAGCGGUACUUCACAAGUCCUUUCGGACGAUCUCAAGAUGCGCAAGAUGAAGGACAAACGGUUUCUGGAGUAUCUCUUUUCACCGAAAACGAUACCAGACUUUCAGCUACCUUUGAAGAUCAAUGCUGAACUUCGGAGCUACCAGCAAUCGGGCGUCAAUUGGCUGUGGUUCCUGAAUCGCUACAAACUGCACGGUAUCCUGUGUGACGAUAUGGGACUGGGGAAGACACUGCAAGCAAUCUGCAUCCUAGCUGCCGACCACCAUCAGCGUAGUGUCGAUCGUAACUGUGCACAGUUACCGAGCCUCGUCAUCUGUCCACCGACACUGACCGGCCACUGGGUGUACGAGGUGGAGAAGUUUCUUCCAACGCGAUUCCUACGCCCGCUCCAUUACGUCGGUUUGCCGGUGAGUCGCGAACAGCUACGGCACAAGCUGGGUACGUACAACCUGAUCGUUGCCUCGUACGAUAUCGUUCGGAAGGACAUUGAGUUCUUUGGUUCCGUCCAUUGGAACUACUGCAUACUUGAUGAAGGGCACAUUAUUAAGAAUGGCCGCACGAAAAGCUCGAAAGCGAUUAAGCAGCUGGUAGCGAACCAUCGCCUUAUACUGUCCGGCACACCGAUUCAGAACAACGUGCUGGAACUGUGGUCACUGUUCGAUUUCCUUAUGCCCGGUUUCCUGGGGACGGAGAAACAGUUUAGCACGCGCUUCAGCCGACCCAUUCUCGCCAGUCGCGAUCCGAAGAGUUCACCCAAGGAGCAGGAAGCCGGAGCGCUGGCGAUGGAAGCGCUGCACCGGCAGGUGCUACCGUUCCUGCUGCGACGCGUCAAGGAGGACGUACUGACUGAUCUACCGCCAAAGAUUACGCAGGACCUACUGUGCGAGCUCAGUCCGCUGCAGGAACGAUUGUACGAGGACUUUAGCCGAAUGCAUCUGCACUCGUCCGACAUCCGCGAGUGUCUCGAGCACAUCGAUGGCCAGCAGAUGGGGCCUGCCAAUAAGAAGACGCAUGUCUUCCAAGCUUUAAGAUAUCUACAAAAUGUAUGCAACCAUCCAAAGCUAGUCCUUACGCCAUCCCAUCCCGAGUACAAGGAUAUUGUCGGAGAGUUUACUCGCAACGGUGCCUCGAUGGAUGACAUCGAACACUCGGCAAAGUUGCCCGUUUUGAAACAACUGUUACUAGAUUGUGGUAUUGGAACCAACGAGGACGUGUCGGUGAAUCAACAUCGAGCGCUCAUCUUCUGCCAGCUGAAAGCCAUGUUGGACAUUCUGGAGAACGAUUUACUAAAGAAGCACUUACCAGCGGUAUCGUACCUACGGUUGGAUGGCAGUGUGCCACCGAGCACUCGGCAUCAUAUCGUUACCAAGUUCAACGGUGAUCCCAGUAUCGACGUGCUACUCCUAACGACACAGGUGGGAGGGCUAGGUCUCAAUCUGACCGGUGCCGAUACGGUUAUCUUCGUCGAGCACGACUGGAACCCGAUGAAGGACCUGCAGGCGAUGGAUCGGGCGCACCGUAUUGGACAGAAGAAGGUGGUGAACGUUUACCGGCUGAUAACGCGCAAAUCGCUGGAGGAGAAAAUUAUGGGCUUGCAAAAGUUCAAACUCCAGACGGCCAACACGGUCGUCAGUGAUGAGAACGCAUCGAUGGAGACGAUGGGCACCGAUCAGCUGCUCGAUCUAUUUACGCUCGCCGGCGACUGUGGAGGUAAACCCAAAGUCGAGUGUGCGAAGGGUCCCGAGACGCGACGGCGUAGCGCUGCGCAGCGUACGGCCUCAUCCAACGCAUCUGCCGGGGGUGGUCGGAUUGGAUCCGAAGCGAAUGGCAGUGGAGGCGACGGAGCACUAACUGCCACUGCAGGAGGAGCAGUAGGCUCUAAUCCAGCCCAGUUCCGCACGGUAUUGGAAAGUCUGCCCGAGCUGUGGGAUGAUCGUCAGUACCACGAGGAGUACGAUUUGUCACAGUUUAUAGAAGGUUUGAAGAAGAAACAGGAACGGCAUUAGAGAGGAAACAGGAGGGGACACUCUUUACGGUUAGUGUUAUGGAUGACUGAAGGGCGAUGAAACAAACUAACAAACAAACAAAAUAGAAGCGCCCAAGUGUGCAUCUGGUCAGGGCGAGCUUCCCGGUGAAGAGACUCCCCUCUAUAUCGGGAUGUUAGGCCGUUAGAAUAGUAAUUGCUACGUAAUGUGCAUCUACCUUUUCGCAAAUCCAUACAUUAUUUAAGUCUUCUUCCCUAAGAAACAUAAGCUAACUGGGCCUAAACGUCGUGUUUUUUUUUUUAACAAAUUUCAUUUUGGUUCACAACCAUGCUUCAAAUGAUGAAUGAAAGAUCAGUUCUAGGAUGUAAGUGAAUAGCUUUCUAGUGGCAGACAUAUUACAAAGAGAAUUCCUACUUUAUGUAUUAAGAAGAUGAAGAAAGAGAAAAAGUUUGUGUGUGUGUGUGUGUGUGUGUGUACGUGUGUUUCAGGGCGGACAAAUAGUGAAAACAUUGGAACAAAUUCUUCCUCGAAAGUAGAAUGCCGUUUUGCCACUACAUAUGUUAAUACAUAAUUGAAAUAGGAAUUAGGUUGCCCUAUUGUCCAUUGGUCAAUGAGACGUUAGGCAACGGACUGCAGCGAGAAGGAACUGAAAAUGUAUUUAAAAAUUACGACGAAUAAAUGCAAAACCAUUUGCGCUAAGAUGAGAU